AAUUAUUUAACAAAAUAAAACUAUUCUUAAAGUACUCCAACUUUUUGUCAAUAUCAAGAUUUUGAAGAGCGUGUAGGUUUAUAUCUACUGUACUACGUUAUUGGAUAUUUACUUAUAACUCCUGCUUAAUAUUAAAACAGGGACACGAUCUCUAUAAAUAAGAUCGACAACGGCUGACAAUUAUCAGUUCACCAAAAUUCUGCAAACCAUAUCCACAAUUUUCUAAAUAUUUUAUUCAAACAAGAAUACAAUGAAGAUAAGUCUAUAUUUGAGUGUACUCCUCUUGGCAUUAUUGAUCGAAAUCGCAACAGCUAAUGUUAGAAUUCAACGUUCGCCUCAACAAUACUGUGGUUCAAAAUUGGCAGACAUCAUGAAAAUUCUAUGUAAAAACAAAUACAAUGGGCCGAAUGGACAAAAAAGAAAUCAAAUUGAUUCUGAUGUAUGGGAUUACAAAGACCUAGAAGAAUACAGUGCUAUGGACUACCCAUACCUACCUAAGAAAAUAGCAAUGGCAUUUAUGCCCUCACGCUUAUUUCGCCCUAACAAAAGAAGUAUCAUCGAUGAAUGUUGCCGCAGACCCUGCUAUUUAUCUGAACUAAAAACUUAUUGUGCAAGUCAGUAGUGAUUGACUUAGUUAUAAGUGAUGUUAGUCGCUGAAUAAACUAUUAUUACCUAUA